AUCGACUUCAAAAUAAACAGAAAAUAGCUGAGUUCAAAAUUUGUUGAAUUUAUAUCUCCGGUCGUUUCAGCAACAACACAUUAAUAUCUUCCUGAUUUAACUUAAAUUGAUGAUAUAUUUAAUUGAUGUAUGUAUAAGUAACGGAGAUUAAACAAUUUGAAAAAAUUCAUAAAAAUACUCACCUCAAACAUCAAUUUUUCAACUCAGUUCAGUGGACGAACAAAGUUGUUGAAACACAGUUCAAACUCCUUAUAAUCCAGCCCAUAAUACAUCAAAACAAUUUGAUGAAAUUAAUUUUUGUGGCAAAAAAUAAACAUUGUGAUGGGAAAAUGUAUUUGUACAAUUCCAAGAAAUAUAAAUCAAAUUAAUUUCUAAAUGGAAUGAGAUAUUUUAAUAACUAUAUUCUAUAGAGAUUGGUUAAAGAGAAAUUCACCUGAUGUAAGCCAUGGACGAUGGUCAAUUAGAAAGUCUGGCUAUCAAAGAAAUAAUUGAGGAACUCGAACACAAGAAGCAAGUGGAGUUAGCAAGUCAACAUCCUCGAGAAAGGAAAAUUCGUCCCAAUAGUCGUUUUUUAGGUAGAACCAUUGUUUCGGUCUUGCAACACAACAAUCGCAGAAAUGCUGAAGAAAAACGUAACUCAUCUAGAAAACUUCGAGAGCUCAACAAAAGCAGAAGAAGACCCAGAUCCAGGUCCAGAAGUAGAGAACCAAGAAGAGUUCGGAAGAAGCAUCCAGAAUACCAAAACAGAACUGACCAAUGCGAUUACUAUCCAGGAACAGAUGAAGUAAUUGAUCAAAUACCCGCCGGGAUUCAUUUGGAUUUGGCUACAAUUUUUCUGAAUAAUUUCAAUAACCUAAUAUUGAAUAAGGCUCGAGAAGAAGCUCCUAAAAAACAAAAAAAAGCGAAACAAAAGAAAAAUAAACUUCAUACAAUAGAUUUGACGAAGAAAAAGAAAAAUAAGAAGAAGAAACGUACCAACAAAUCCUCAAAAAAAACCGUGAAAUCAAAGAAACGAGGACGAACGAAAAAAGGUAGCCGUAGAAGACGAAGCAGUUCAUCUUCCUCAUCAUCAUCAUCUUCAUCGUCGUCAUCCCCAUCCAGUAGUAGUGAUAUCAGUUUAAGCACAAUUUGUGAUAGUUAUAGUGAAUGUUCCGGCAAUGAGGGUAGUAGAUCAUCAGCACUUAUGAUUGACCUAACUUAAAACUACUAUUUUUAUCUUACCCACCUAAAUAAAUUACAUUAACUUUGUUUCUAACAGGA